AUGCUUCGACAAUUGCCCUACUCUGGCUUCCCAAUGCCUCGUUUAACAACCCGACGCUUGACUAUCCUUCUGGUCGCUGUCUCUGUUUCUUCUUUUCUUUUCGUCACUCUUCUUACUUCCGCGGUGCCGUCGUCCCCGAGCCUGUCCCACCCCGAGCGAAAGACGUCAACAGAACCCCGAGUUCCCGACGCAGCCGCCAAGAACGCGCAACAGCCAGUCACCCCUCUAUCGCAACCGCCGCCCCGUCAGAGCGACGAUGCAUAUGCAAGAUCGUCGUGGCUCACAGACCCUCGGGCUCUGUCUCAGGUCUUUUCUAGUGAAAGAACAAUUGACAAUAGCAGAGUGCUCCUACCGAUUCUGGAGAUUCGCCAACCAAUAUACUGCUACUACGAUGCGCUUGAUAAAACAUCCGCCGCCGAAAAUGAUACAGACACUGAGCUGCUGCUCAUGUGGCGACGUGCCUGGUGGGCGCGCGGUUUCAGACCAUUGAUUCUCGGCCCAGAUGAGGCAAAGAGCAAUCCCCUCUAUUCGAAGCUCGAAACCUUGAAUGUCAGGGGCGAGCUAAAGAACGAACUGUUGCGCUGGCUCGCAUGGGAUACAAUGGACGGAGGCCUGCUUUCCCAGCCUGUACUAUUCCCAAUGGGCACCGACUACGAAUUUCUGCCCUCUCUUCGCCGCGGCCAAUACAACAUCUUGUCCAGGGCGGGCAACAUGUCCAGCGCGCUGUUCUGGGGCUCCAGAGAACAGGUGCAUGCUGCCGUUCGGACAGCGAUGGACUCGGCCAACCUUGACUCUGCCAGCUCUCUGCUAGACAUUCUGACUGCCGAUGUAAUACGGGAGCAAGAGACUCCGCCUGUGCUGGCUUUUUACAAUGCCACCACAAUCGCCAAAAAGUACCCCAAGCUUGUCCUCGAUAAGAACAAGCACCGAUUCGGUUCAUUACGCAACGAGCUUAUCAAUGCGCAUCUACAGUCUUCCUGGCAAAACUCUUUCGCAUUGGGUAUCGAUGUCAUCAAGCCGUUUCCCGAACAUAUGAAUACCAUGGUACGCAAUGCGACAGAUCUAGCCAACGCUCUGGCAUCGUGUCCGCCAACACCUCUUGCCGGCUCGUGUCCUCCCAACAUACCUAAAUGCGGUCCUUGCGGCGCUACAACGCCGUUAGUUAUCAAUACUCCAAAGACAUUCAUGAACGAAAGCAACGUAUUUACCAUUGGUAUGGUUCCCCAUCCAUGGACACGCACCGCUCUGGCCAACAUGCAGAACGGCUUCAACGCAACCAUCAUCCAUGAGGAUGUGCGCGACAGUUGGUUGUCUUCCGUGACCGAGGGCUUGGUGGGCAGCCACCGAUCCCGGUACUCGCAAGUCCUGCAAUUCAAAAAGGCCGUGUCGGGCGACACCGCCGAUACGCGCUCACUCUGGUUCACCGUCGAGGAUCCGUUUCCCACCGAGCUUGACUGGUACUUUGGCUUUUCCAUUCCGCAAAAGAUUAUUGACGACGGCCGCUCCGAGAGCCCAGUGCCCUCGGAUCACAUCAACGACAAGGAUCGCCCCGACCUCGCCUUUGGGCCCAAGGCCACCACCGAGCUGGACAGGGAGCGAGAGCUCGUUGUCCUCGAACGCGCCAAGGACGUCGUGGCCCUGCCGCGCGCCACCACCGACACGCGCCGCCGCGCCUCGCUCGAGGCCUGGCACAUGGCCGACACGGAAGCUUGGCGGUUCGCGCGCGCCACCCACGACCGCCGCACGCUCGAGCGCAAGCAGUGGGAGGAUGGGGCCAAGUACACGGGAAAGCAGCGCCUCAUCAGCGACGCUGGGUGGACGCCCGGCAUGAAUGUGACGCGCGGGAACCAGCGCAAGGAAGCGGAGAGAAAGGCCAAGGCACGAGACUAA